CAGCGACAGCUGUUGGAAUUAAUUUCAGUAAUAUUUCCCGACAUUAAGAAAAAUGAUAUCAAAUUGGAAACGUCCGGUAUUUGCUAUUUUAAUAGUAGUGAUUUGUGUUCAGAUAUUUCAGAUACUAUAUAGGGACGAUGUUUUAGAAAUGACACAAGAUGAUGAACGAGAUCAAAGAGAACAAGUUAUUGACGAGACUCCAGUCGUCGCAGGGAGAAGUAAGCUUGGUACUGUUGUGAAUGAAGUUUGGGAUCAUAUUUUUACGAAUGACAAAAAGAUAAAUGAAAGUCAAAGUAAAACUACAGAAUCAUCUUCAGAAAGCACAUCUACCAUCACGAUAUCAACAACAGCAUCACCACCAACAGCAACAACUGCCGCACAUAACAAUGGUAAACCUAAAGAGAUAAAACAUCAACAAAAACUGUCAACUUCCUUACCGUUUGGGAAGGAGUUUGUUACAGAUGAAAUUCAAGCAAAAAUUGCGGAAGCUAUACGACUUUGGAGAGCCGAACCGAAAAGAAAGGAGAAAUUCGCAAAUUAUUCUAAAUAUGACGGCCGAAACUUAAUGAAUGAUCCUGUGUUCAAGUUUGAUCCAAAUUUUAAGAACCCAUGUUGGUUCGAGAAUGACCAGUUUCAAUGCCUGCCCUAUGUUUACGUUAUUGGCGUUAAGAAGAGUGGAACUGGCGAUCUUUUCUACAGACUGUCUCUCCAUCCAGAUUUUAUUAGACCCGGUUUCAAGGAAGCACAGUGGUUUGCUCGUAAAAGAUUUUGGUCAGGCGGUAUUUAUGACGAUAUUCAUGAAUAUGUUUCCAUGUUUCGCAAAGCUGCUAAGAAAAUAUUGGAUUAUUCAAACACUUCGUCCGGUGGUCGCUUCUAUAAUUACGAACAUGUAACGGGCAAGUAGAACAAAUACGGUAUUGGCAUAUCUAAUUUAGUCUUGUAUACGGGUAUAUUAAACUUUUAACUGUAACGAUAGAUCGUCUUUAGUCAAGCGCCUUGAAAACGUCUUAAACCUCAUGAAGUGUUUUGAUAUGAGGUGCAUGACUCUGAAACAACAGAUUCGCUUGAUAUAUUGACGUUUAGAACUAUAUCCACCAUCAAAGUAUCUCCUCUGAAUGAAGUAGAUUUUAAGUUUAUACAAUAAAACAGUCCCUUCUUUCCAUCUAGUUCUAUAGUAAAUAACUUUAAUUCCAUUAAUUGGAUUGAAAAGUUAAAUUUUGAAAACGUAUUAAGGUUUAUGCUCUACCUUUAUCCUGUUUACUACUUUCAUUUUUCCAGGUGAAGGA